AUGGCUGAUCAGAACUCUCAGGAUUCUCUCGGCUCUAAGGGGCUUUCUAACAAGUCCUCUCCAUCCGAGACUGAUCUUGCUAUCGAAGGAGAUCGCUUUGGCAACUCUGCCGUGUUGACGAGUCUGCACGGAGGCACUGUGACUGCUCUGCCAUUUCUGAACCGCCAGAGUACUCAAGAACCAGCGUCUCUCGCUCUACUUGCUGAAUCUUCUACUCGCUUUCAGCUGCCGAGAAUCUUCCCAACAGACGGUACGCCUCGUCAGAAAGCUGAGACAGAAGACAGCUUGUCAAGCGGGUGGGAGACUGAGAGUUCUUCUUCCGAGGCAGCCAUCGAUCCCCGUGCCCUCCUCUCUGACCUGCUUGACCGUCUUGAAGAGGCAGCGUCCGGAUCUCCUGUGCCUGUCUCCCAGUCAGCGCUCGCGUCAUCUUCCAAGUACUUCGCUCAAAGGAAUUCUGACGAAGACGAAGACAACAAGUCUGAGGACUUGCAGGCCCUGAAGCCUUACCCUGGGUCUGCUGGAGCAAGUCCACUCUCUGGUGCGGUCCCAAGCAGAACCUUUACUCUCAGCAAAUCUUAUAGAGUGCUUGUGGACAACUGCCCCUCGACUUGCUCUGAAAAGAGCCUGAACCUGGAGAAAAACAGCACAAGUUCACAGGCUGUAGAAGGUUCUUGCGCUAGCGCCAAAGCUGACGCGACUCCACCUGUGACGCCUCAGCCCAAACGCUGUCAAGAGAGAAAGGACCUGACGCCUGUCUUGUCUCCAUUCCUGUUCGGUCCCUUACCAACUCCUACCGCACACCGACAGUUCAUCACAACGUCACCCUCCCAGUCUCUGGCCCUUGCGAAGUCAGCUUCCCCUCACAAGCCCACUCCCACUUCGCCUCCGCCACAAACUCGACAAAGCCUACGCAAGGGAGCCUCAACACGAUCGAGACUUCACCUCUCUGAUCUGUUCAAGAAGCGUCAAUCACCAAAAUAA